AUGCUCCUGCGGAAUUGCGGCCGGGUCAGAGGAGCGAUAUUGCGCUCCUCUACGCGCUUUCAACACAAUCACCCGCAGCUUCCUUCUGUCACUACGCAUCGGGCUCAACUUCAAAACUUUGCACGCCAAGAUCCGAUCGUCCGAGAGAAUUGGCGAAAGAGGGCGGCCCUUCGACAGCCGACUUUGCAGUGUGACGAGCGCCCAACACCAAGACUUUUCUACGCACCAGAAUGGGAGCUGGAUAAACGUCACAGUCAAUUGGACGGCGAGCCCGACCCACUUCGCGAAUACGGCGUGACCCCGGAGAAAUGGGAAUACUACAACAAGGUUGUUUGGUCUCCGAACUAUGUGGUGAAUGAGACCGGGCUGCCGAAGGCCCCUGAAGUUUUCCACUCGCGACAAUCUAUUCACUUUUCGCCGAAGCGAAUGUGGCAAGCCUGCCAGCUUGUUUGGACGAUGAACGUUGAUGACGCUAUCCUACAAUUGAAGUUACAACAGCGAAAAGGAUGCCUAAUCCUUGCCGAGGUUCUAGAAGAAGCCAAGAAACGAGCCGCCGAAGAGUUUCAUAUUGAAUAUCCGUCGGAGAUGCACGUGGCGGAGGCAUUCCCUGUGCAAAGCAACAUCAUCAAGGGAGCGCGGCGGCAUGCCCGUGAAAACUGGCACACGGUUCGCCAUCGGUACAUUCACUUGUUUGUCCGUCUAGAAGCAGGUGAAGGGCCUGCAUUUCGCAAACGCGAGAAGCCAAAUGGAGGCUGGGAUCAUAUGCGGGAUUACUACUCGUAUUUAUCUGAUCGCUCCGUCAAGUAUGGUAUAGCACACACGCCAGCUAGGGAGUUAUCAUUCGUUGCGCAGCCGCAGACCGCAACUGCCGCCGCAUCUCUACCGGUGCAAGGAAAACAUGUGGUUGUAAAACCGACUACUGGGCUACUAGAAGAUCGACAGGAAUCACUAUCGCCUCCGAAGCCUUCGAAACCCGUUGAGACGCCGAAGGCUCCAGCUUCAGCGAGCGCUUUGGGCGGCGCUGCGACUGCGCAGCAAUUCUCGAACGAGAAUCCGAAAAUCGUUGAAGCGGAGACGGUCGUGUCGACUGAAGGCAAGCCGACUUUUGAACAGUCAUCUGAUGAUGGCAGCAAGGCUGAUGGCGAGAAGAAGGGCCACGAGGCAAAAGCUCGAAAACGGCGGGAGCGUAUGGCCAGGAACACCAAGUUGGGCAUGUUUGCCGUGUUCGGGACAGCUGCUGCUUAUUUUGCCGGAUUCUGUGUCUAUUAUGGGCGUAGUCAGCGUGACGAAGCUGGAAACAUUAUUGUCGACGAAUUCACGAAUGCUGGUGUAUUGGCGCCGUUCUAUCGCAUCGUCAAUAGUAUAAAAUUGUGGAAAGAUUACGUGGUGGAACCGGCCCGCGAGAAGCUGCUUCCUGAUCCGAUGCAAUACCCCUACAUCCAACCGAAGUACACUCUUGUGAUCGAGAUGAAGAAUGUAUUGGUCGCGCCUGAAUGGACGUACAAAACUGGCUAUAGGUUCAUCAAACGCCCAGCCCUCGACUAUUUCCUUGACAUAGUUGGAUAUCCGAACUUUGAGGUUGUCAUCUACACAAGUGAGAGCAACUUCACCGGGCCAGCCGUCGUUGAUGCUAUUGAUCCGAAGCAGCGAAUCAUGUUCAAGCUUUAUCGCGACUGCACGAAAUAUAUGAAUGGAGUGCACGUGAAGGAUCUGUCGAAGCUCAAUCGCGACCUCUCCAAAGUGAUCUACAUCGAUUUCGACCCGGCAUCAUUCCAACUCAACCCGGACAACGUCCUUCGCCUACCGAAAUGGGAUGGCGACAUGAAUGACACAGCGCUUCUAGAUUUGGCUGAAUUGCUGAAAACUAUCCAUCUCUCCGACGUGGAAGAUGUUCGUCCUACAUUGCAAUAUUAUUCUAGCUUCGAUAACCCCGCCACUGAGUUCCGAAGGCGAGCUAUGGCCUUAGCUGAACAGGAAGAAGAAAAGCGUCGAAAUUUGGAAAACAAGGAUGAAGGAAUCCUCAAGCGCUACUCUGGUCGUCUAUUCGGGUACCGCCGACACGAGUAUGCUAAA